CCUCAAAAAAAAAAAAGAAAAGAAAAGAAAAAGAAGAUCCCAAAGGAAUUCCUGAAUUUUGGUUAACUGUUUUUAAGAAUGUUGACUUGCUCAGUGAUAUGGUUCAGGAACAUGACAAACCUAUUCUGAAGCACUUGAAAGAUAGUAAAGUGAAGGUCUCCGAAGCUGGCCAGCCUAUGAGUUUUGUCUUAGAAUUUCAUUUUGAGCCCAAUGAGUAUUUUACAAAUGGAGUACUGACAAAGACAUAUAGUAUGAGGUCAGCAGAUGAUUCUGAUCCCUUUUCUUUUGAUGGGCCAGAAAUUAUGGGCUGUGCAGGGUUCCAGAUAGAUUGGAAAAAAGGAAAGAAUGUCACUUUGAAAACUAUUAAGAAGCAACAGAAACACAAGGGACAUGGGACAGUUCAUACUGUGAUUAAAGUUUCCAAUGACUCUAAUUUUUUUUUUUUUUUUGCCCCUCCUGAAGUUCGUGAGAGUGGAGAUCUGGAUGAUGAUGCUGAAGCUAUCCUUGCUGCAGUCUUUGAAAUUGGUCACUUUUUACAUGAGCGUAUAAUCCCAAGAUCAGUGUUAUACUUUACUAGAGAAGCUACUGAAGAUGAUGAUGAUGAUGAUGACGACGACGAUGAAGGUGAAAAAGCAGAUGAGAAAGGGGAAGAAGGAGAUGAAGAAAAUGAUCCAGACUCUGACCCGAAGAAGGAUCAAAAUGCAGCAGAGUGCAAACAGCAGUGAAGCAAGAAGUGUGCGGCCUUGAGGAUAACCUGCACUGUACUAGCCAAAACACAACUCUUAUUUACUUACAGCCUUUUGUAUUUUCUUGGUAGAUGAGGUAAUUUUAUUUUAAAGACAGGAAACUGAUAUUUUAAAGACCAAUUUGUUCUAAUUAGCAUUUUAACUAGUUUUUCUGCCAAAUAUGUUGAAUGCACAAAUUCUGUAACACAUGUUCAUUCAUCCCUGCAUAAUUUGGUUCUUCUGGAAUAUUUUUAUGUAGCUCUUAGAGUACAGCUAUGAAAAUGUCAAGUGUUAAAGGAAACCUUUUUUUUUUUUUUCUUCAUAAUUUUUUCCCUGAAGAACCAAAGUAUUUUUUCAGCUGGUUGUUGAAUACGAUUAAAUCCACUUGGAUUAGCUGUGCCUUUCAUUACUCUGUUACAGAAACACAGUGACUUAUAUAAGACAAUUCAUCGUUUUAAAAGAACUGGUAAGAUAACUAUAUGGUUAAGAAUUUCCAGUAUGAACACACCCAGUAACUGUAUUAGAUUGUUAAUGGAUUACUGUGUUAUAAGUGACAUAGUUAACUGUAAAGUAACCUGACUCAGUAUAGUUACUGGUACCACAGUGAGGUGAAUGAAACAGGAUUUUCAGAAGUUAGCCUGAAUUAAACUGUACUUUUAAAUUUCACCUCCAUUAACUAAGCAUCUUUUCUUUGUGGCAAUGUCUACCUUCUGCUUUCCCGGAAAGGAAGAAUUUAUAUCAUCUGACAAGCCUAUUUUCAAGUUAUUCAUUGUUUGCUUGUUUUUGGUUUUGCAGCCUAAAAUAAAAAUUUCAAAUACAA